GACUAGCGGCAGCGCUAACGCUAACAAACGCGGCGUUUCAAAAUAAAAGUCCCCGGCUUAAAGGCCACUGCUGGACUUUGACAAUCAUGCAUUCAUCCGAUCACUUAUUGCUCAUACAAGGGACGUUUCAGAUCAGGUGUUUUCUGUAAGGCUCCAGGUAAAUGUGUAGUCUCUGCUGAAAUGAAACAGUGGGCAAGCACUGACCUACAAGCAGGCAGCUAGAUUUGGCCUAAAACAGACUGUUAGAAGUGAAAAGCUGGUGGUGUUGCUAACUUCACGCAAAUGGAAGCGGCGAAUUUGGCGCGCAAAAACACUGGCCUCGUUUUGGCGCUGCUUUCACACCCCACAGUUUCUUUUAGAGAGCAGUGAUAGGCGAUACCACUCGUUUUGUUUUCGAUCCAAUACGUAGUAUAGGCUAGCGUUCCGAUAUCGGUAUUAACAUCGGAUUUAACAUUUUAAAAACAUUUUAACAUUGAACAUUUUGAACAUUUUGCACAUACAUGGCCAAAAGUCUGUGGACACGAAACUUCUCAUCCAAAGCUUCUUCCAAAAUCUAGAGAUUUAAAAAAGAGUCUGCCCACUUUGCUGCAGUAACAGCCUCUACUCUUAUGGGAAGGCUUUACACUAGAUGUUGAAAUAUUUUUGUGAGGAUUUGGCCACAGUUAACCACAAGAGCAUUAAUGAGGUCAGGUACUGAUGUUGGAUGAUUAGUUUUGAAUCACAAACACCACUCCAACUCACCCUGAAGGCACUAGAUGGAGCUCCAUCACUCCGGAGAAAGCAGCUCCUCUGCUCCACAGCCCAGUGCUGGAGGGCUUUAUACUCCUUUAACCAACACUUGGCACAAGACAUGGUGGUCUUAGGCUCAUGUGUGGCUGUUCGAGAGCAUCCUGUUCUGUUGGUCUGUGCUUUUCUAUGGAGAUUAUAUAAACUGUGUAUGCAUACGAACAUUACUGUACUUAAGUAAUUUUUUCAAGUAUCUAUAAUUUACUUGAGCAUUUCUGUCACUUAAUACUUUUUUUGGUUUUUAGUUUAUUACCUUUCACCCAUUUUUGUAAACAAAUGGUGUAUAUGAUACCAAAGCACUGCACACACGUGACGGUCCUUAAUCAGGAUAAGAGCAUUAACCUCUUUAUACUCGGCUCUCCCAGAGGUCCCGGCACCAUGUUGGAUGAUGUGCCUCUACAGUUACAACCAGUGCUUUCAGUCACUGGCAACAUUGUGUCUGAGACAUUUGAAGGAAAAUGCUACUUAUCCAUUCUGUCCUGUUUACUGCUGGCCUGUUUGUACGUUGGGAGUUUGUAUAUAUGGCGGGGCAGCUUACCCAGGUAUCUGUGAGGGUGUGCUGAGAUUAUGUUCUGUCUUGUUAGUUCAGUGGACCUGUUUGAGAUGAUGUAGUAUCUCUUUCAGGACCAGGUGGACAAUAUUACUCCAAUGCAGCAUGUGAAAAUACCAAAAUAUUAAUGCUUGGAAUGCUUGUUAAUGCAGGGAUCACCCAAGCACGAUAAAGAAACGUUUCAUCAGUGUUCUGUUUGCAUCUGCUGUUUCACCACUCAUCGUUUGGGCAUGGAUGAGAGCUUUGGAAGUGAGGCCAAGCCCACCUUUGCUGGCCUUGCUGGGUAUUCGGAUAGAGGGUUCAGUUCCAGCAGCUGCGCUACCUCUAAUACUCACCAUGGUGCUUUUUCUUGGACCUUUGACUCAGAUGGCGAUGGACAGCCCAAAGGGACUGGUACCUGAAGUCAAAUCAGGCUUUAGCUUGAAGAACGUGGCUGAUUGCUUGAGGGACUUGUGUUGGCUGAGAAACCAUGUGGUGGCACCUCUAACAGAAGAGCUAGUGUUUCGAGCUUCCAUGCUGCCCAUACUGGUGCCGUGUACAGGCCCUACUGCUGCCAUCUUCAUUGCUCCACUCUUCUUUGGAGUGGCCCACUUUCACCAUGUCAUUGAGCAGCUUCGUUUCGGACAUGACACUGUGCUCCAUGUCUUGGUUUGUGCAGUGUUUCAGUUUUGCUACACUUCAGUGUUUGGAGCCUACACUGCCUUCAUUUUCAUCAGAACAGGUCAUCUAGUGGGGCCGGUGCUGUGCCACUCUUUCUGUAAUUGGAUGGGUUUUCCUGCUCUGGGCUCGGCCCUGCAGCAUCCACAGAGGCCAGUGCUGAUGCUCUCCUAUGAGCUUGGCCUUCUGCUCUUCGCCCUCCUCCUCUUCCCCCUCACUGACCCACUGAUGUAUGGAAUGACCCCCAUCUGUAGUUUAAUCUUGGAACUUCGGUCAGCCUGCUCUUGAAUCAUGUACAGUACAUAGAUUCAGUUCACAGUAAAAUUCAAUAGAGUGACCAAAGGCAGAGCUGGUGGAGCAGUUACACUGGGCCUGUAGUGUGUGUGUGUGUGUGUGUGUUCAACCCAAGACUUCUGGAUAGCAACAAUAACCUAAACGAAAAUUAAAUUGUUGAAAUAACAAUCUUUUAGAGUGGUUUGAUGUAAGAUGGUUGUAGAGUAACUUACAGACUCAGAUUUCUUUACAGUGGUCAUGAAAGGAACUGGGGUCAGGAUGUCUACAACACAUAAUAACCAUUUAAUUUACUAUCCAAAAUGACUAAUGGCCUACACAAGUGGAGUUUUUUGUAUGUAAUGAAGAUAAAUCUGGCAAAUCUGAAAAACAUGUUUUCUUGGGGAUUACUUUACCUCACAAUGCCCUGCAUGCUCUCUCUGCCAUGACUGGAUUUUAAAAAUACCUGUUUUAGGCCAAAAUCUAUUAUUUUACUCUCAUAAAAUAACGUCUCAGACAUCAAGCAGGGCAUUUGUAACCAUUCCAUGUAAUAACUUUCUGUGAGGGAGCUUUUAGAGGCAUUAAACUCUUCAGACAUCUGGUUCCUAUCAUCACCACUGUGAACAAUUCUGACUCUGUAAGUUCGUUAGAACAAAGCAUUUCACACCAAACCACUCUGAAUGACUUUGUUUAAGUUGAAAUGGUUUAAUUAUGCAUAAUAUUUGAACAAUCAGUGGAAUUCCCCUUUAACGACAUAUUACUGCACCAACCUAGUUGAUAUGGAGUGAUAGCAGGUAAACAAGCAAAUUAUUAUUAUUUUUUCUAAUUUUUUUUGCACUGGGCCCCAAGAGAUUCAUGAUACACCAUAUAUACAAAAUCUCUUAUUUUUAUACCUCUUGUGGACAGUUUAUCUUCACAGAGCAUUUUCCUGGCCUUGGAUGGAGCAAGUCAAAAAUGAAGGGAGCUAGGAAAAUAUCUGUGAGUAGAAAAAGAAGAGGAAAUCUCUGGAGGAAUCAAAUAUCUCACUUCUGCUGCCAAAAGAAGUUUAAACAAAUCUAGAGGGACUAUUCUUUUCUUUGGAAAUUCUCUAGGUAUGGAGUUUGCAAUCCACUUGCUGAAUUAAAGGUUGAGGUUUGCCCUCCUUCUUGAGGAUAUGACUCGUAAAUUGGUUGGAGUUUCUCAUCACUGACAGUGCUGUACCCUUUUCUGUCCCAUGGUGGUGCUAAAGCCCACACCAGUGAAACCUCUGUUUUUUUACCCGCCGUUUUCCAUGUGUCAGUUUUGACAUAUGGAGUGUAAUGUGUCAUAUUUUUACGUUGGCUUUAGCAGAAAUGUGUAGGGUCUGUGCAGGAUCAUAUACUAUAUUACAGUAGUCACAGUUUAAACUGAUACCAGAUGUUAAUAUAUUUCACAGAUGUUCCAUUUUGGGCCACUGAGUAAUCUAUACAUAGCUCAGAUUCCCUACAUUGUUAAUAUCAUCAAAGUGGAUUUUUAUUUCUAUUAGUGUUUUCUUAGUGUUUUAAAGCACCCACAUCAUGAAAACCCACAUUUUUGUAGCUUUUUUUGAAAAAAUAUUUUUCUGUAACUACUGUUAAAGUUUCAAAAAAUGUACUGUCCACUCCCCAGUCCAUCUAUGAAAACAAAUGCAA